GUGACUGCUCUGCUGGCAUUCUUGGCUAUUCGUCCCUGCUGGGCACUCUGCAACGCCUUUCCGGGUGAGUGAUCUCGUGUGCAGACUUGCAAAGCUCCGCUGACCGUAUACUUGCAGGCGACGCCGUGAAGCAUCUGGAUGUGGGAGAGAACGGGCCCGUGAGGAUGGUCGUUGACACAUCGGCUCGAUACCAACUCAACACAUCCGUCGGUGCUCAAGAAUGGGCCAACCUCAUGCCAUCCGGAGAGCAUCUCAUACGUCUGCAAGAGGGGGAGGAAACACAGACGUACAGCCUAGCCCUCUUCCACCAGCUUCGAUGCCUAGACAUCCUCCGGGACGACUACGUCUCAGGAAAGCCUUUGCCGUUGCGAAAGCACUGUCUCAACUACAUCAGACAAAGCGUACUGUGCAUUGCCGACACUCACCUAGAGUACAGCAAGGCAGGACUUGCGGUGACACAUUACAUCGAGACGGUCUGCAAUGAUUGGACUGCAGUUCACAAGGCAGCUGAAAAGAAUUUCGUAGAAUGGAAGAGAGCUAAUGGGGCUUGAAAAAAAUGUCAUUAUUUUGACCUU